AUGCUGCACAUGAGGAUACUACGCAGAUUUGCCUCUUCCCCAUGGACAACUCCAUCUAUAGAAAAGCGUGUAAACAUUAAUCAUCAAAUGUUUCAUGAUGAUUCUGUAUUGUCCUUUGUCCCAUUAAAAGCAAGAUUCGCACAAUCUGGAGGGACAAUUUAUCUCAAAAGCAAAGGAGUCAUAAUUCUUGAAUUUUUGCCAAAAGAUUUCAAUCAAGCUGAAGGCAGGGCCAAAAUAAACCCAGCAAAUAAAAAGACGUUCACUCUCCAAGUCGAAAAUAUAUAUGACUACGUGUCCAUAGGAAAUAAUCCUGUCGAAUGGAGAAGGCAUAAUAAUUCUAACGAUGAAACAAAGCUUUUGAAGUUUUUUAGAUCUGAAGGAGGGUAUUCAUUGAAGCUGGAAAUUUUGAAUGGAAAUACGCCUGUUGAUAAAAAAGAAUUUACUAUGACACCUAGUGAAUAUUAUAUUACCAGGCAAUUGCUUGAGGUAUCUGCUAUUUAGUAUUCAAUUCCUUAUCUUAUGGGAUGGUAUCCAUUAGGUGAUCCAAGACUUGCAGAAAAUAGCUUAGCAGCUGAAGAGGUUUCCAAUAAUCCAUUCGAGUCUAUUUAG